AGAUGGAGUUUAGGUUUAACUUAGUUUAGUGUUUUGAUAGGCUCAAUACAAGGUAGGGCUGUGUGCAGAGGUCAACAUCAGAUCUGGACUCUGAAGUAUGCCCAGAGUGCUCUUUCCUUGGUAAUACAAAAAUGAAUGUGGAAUGUUACGCUCAGAACUUACUGGCAGCUCAGAAGCUGCGCUGGAAAUCAAGGCUGCUGCUCUGUGGAGGACUUUGAUCUGCCAGGGGAAAGUAGGAUGCUUUACUCUUACUGAUGUAAUUUCAAAUAGCAAAGUUUCUGAUAGUCUCUGAUUUCAGAGAACAAAACUCAGUAAGGAAACAGUCACUCAGAGAAGGAGGCCAUUACAUUUUAAAGCUGCAGCUUAUCCUUGGGAGAGAUAUUGUUUCUGUUAACUUUGCUGAUUUUUACUCUUAGUUUGAGUUAAUUUUCACCAAACCUCAACGUGAGGAAACAAAAAUGACGCCCUUACUUCCGGAGACCUUUCCAAAACAGAGAUCUGUUUUAAGAUCGUCGAUUUCAUUUUCCUGUCUUUUUUCGUUUUGUGUCUUUUGUACUCGGGAUGAAGCUAUGUGCCACAAUAGUGAUUAAAAUAGUCUCUAAUGUGGGCUCAUUUCUUGUUUUGUACAAAAAAAGGAAACAUAUACCAUGAUGCUUUAGAGUAGGGAGGACUAGGCCCAGCAUCGCGGUCCACCUAGGAUGCGUUUCACUCCAAAAGUAAAACGGUCAAGUUACUCUUCAGAUCCCCGCAAACAAAUAUCUCCAGAUUUCGUUUUCGUAAAGCAAAACCUGGCGGAGCAGGCAAGUGAUCUGUACCCCUUCGGCUCUUUGAAACUCCCAGAAAUGGCCUUGGUCCUGAUCCCACUCGGCGCGCGCUGGUGACGCGGACGCUGCGCCGGAAGUGCGGCUGGAGCUGCCAGGCACAGAGAUGGCGGCUUCAGGGGCACGUUGGAAUCAUGUGUGGGUCGGCACCGAGACUGGGAUCCUGAAAGGGGUGAAUCUUCAGCGCAAACAGGCCGCGAAUUUCACGGCGGCGGGACAGCCGCGGCGGGAGGAGGCGGUGAGCGCCCUGUGCUGGGGCGCGGGUGGUGAGACACAGAUCCUUGUGGGCUGUGCUGACUCGACCGUGAGGCACUUCAGCACCGAGGAUGGCAGAUUCCAGGGCCAGAGGCACUGCCCCGGCGGGGAGGGCACUUUCCGAGGCCUCGCCCAGGUCGAUGGCACCCUUAUCACAUGUGUGGAUUCUGGGAUUCUCCGAGUCUGGCGUGACAAUGACAAGGAGAUAUCAGCUGAUCCACUCCUGGAACUGAGGGUAGGCCCUGGGGUGUGUAGGAUGCGCCAAAACCCAGCGCGCCCUCAUGUAGUUGCCACAGGUGGGAAGGAGAAUGCUUUGAAGGUGUGGGACCUCCAGGGGUCUGAGGAGCCUGUGUUCAGAGCCAAGAAUGUACGGAAUGACUGGCUUGACCUGCGAGUUCCCAUCUGGGACCAGGACAUACAGUUCCUCCCUGAGUCGCAGAAGCUUGUCACCUGUACAGGGUACCACCAGGUCCGUGUCUAUGAUCCAGCCUCUCCUCAGCGCCGGCCGGUCCUAGAGGCCACCUAUGGAGAGUAUCCACUGACAGCCAUGACUCUCACUCCUGGGGGCAAUUCGGUGAUCGUGGGGAACACUCACGGGCAGCUGGCAGAAAUCGACCUUCGGCAAGGACGUCUACUGGGCUGUCUGAAGGGGCUGGCAGGCAGCGUCCGUGGGUUGCAGUGCCACCCUUCAAAGCCCCUACUAGCCUCCUGUGGCUUGGACAGAAUCUUGAGGGUACACAGGAUCCGGAAUCCACGGGGCCUGGAGCAUAAGGUUUAUCUUAAGUCUCAGCUGAACUGCCUUCUCCUGUCAGGCAGGGACAACUGGGAGGAUGAGCCCCAAGAGCCUCAAGAGUCCAUCAAGGUGCCCCCAGAAGACACAGAGGCAGAUGAACUUUGGGCUUCUUUGGAGGCAGCUGCCAAGCGGAAGCUCCCUGAUUCGGAGCUGACCCCAGGGUCUCGGCCAACCAGACGGAGAAAGAAGCGGCCUGGCUCCGCCAGCCCCUGAAGAGCCUGUGCUCAUUUUGUAAAUAAACAGCUCAACACCCUC